ACUGCAGGCUGAUGGGAUGAGCUGCCCCACUGACUGGGUGAGGAGAGGGGUGGAUGGUGGCUUAGGGGAUCCCCAGGUUCCACUGCAGCUGUUCCAUGGCCUGUGACAGUGCCCUCACUGCUACAGAACAGUGGGACAAGGUGAAUGGUGUCAGGGUUCCAGCGCUGGGUGCAGAGUCCCCACAGGGUCAGGGUGUGCUCAGUGCAGGGCUGUGCAUCCUGGGAGGCUGUGGGAAGGGUGGGGAGUAGGGCUGAAGCCGGGGCUGGGACAGGGCUGCUGCCACCAGCACUGCUGCCCCGUGGGGAUGUGUGUCCGUGCUCACCCUACCCCAGGAGUGAGCAGACACAACCCAGCUCACACAGCACAUCCCAGCCAGGGGCUUCGAGUGGAGCUGGUAGGAUCGUGGUGGUUCACCUCAGCCCCGCAGGGCCUUGAGCCCCAGCCCCCUCGGUCUCACUGUGGCAGCCCCGUGCAGCUCGACAGAGCCAUCCCCUUGGUGCUGGCACCAGCUGGGUUCUGCGGGCUGCCAGCAUGGCCCUUAUGGAGAGGAUGCACCAUCUAUCCUUCCUCCCUCACCUUCACACUCCUGCCCUGGGCUGGCCUGGGCUUUGGGGCUACUCUAGGCAGGUGAGUACAACCCGAAGCAUAGAGGAGCUGAAGCCUGCUCCUGUGCACUCAUCUGGGGAUGGGGCCAUAGAGCCCACCCAGCUGCUGGCACUCGCCUGAGGAUGAGGAAUGGGAAGGGGUUGUGGCUGCAGCCCCCAGCAGCGCUUGGUAGAGCAGCACAGGGCUGGGGCCAGGUGAUGGAACCAUGCAUGGAUGGCACCAGGGCCUCAGGGGGACCUCAAGCCUUGUGUGGGCUUGGCCCAGGCUCUCUCCAGUGUGUGGGGUGGGUGCUGUGGGUGGCAGGGUUUUGCAGUCCAGAAGCACUGAGCCUCUUGCAGCUCUGUCUGGGGGUACAGGAGGCUCUGGGGUGUCAGCAGUGAGUGAGCUGCAAGCAUGGCAUGAGCCACGUGGCGUGAGCCACUUGUCCCCAGGAGUAGCUGCCCCAUGGCGUGGGGCUGCCAAGGCUUGGGGGCCUGAGCCCAGCCCCUGCUGAGGGCUGUGCCCUGCCGCUGUGGGAAGCGGUGCCGAGUGCCAGCCUUCACGCCAGAUCAUGUCACGGGGCCGUGGCACUGUGUGCUGCCUUGCUGCCAGCAGGGCUGUGCCCCACUGCCCCUGUGCCACCUGGUGUGGGACACACCGUGCAAGGGGCCAGACUGAGCCUCUGUCCCCAGAUCUGCCCAACACUGGCACUGUGGAAGGAGCCCAAUCUGGGCCUAGCUGGGCACCUGCACCAGCGUCGGUUCUGGGUGUUGGCCUGGCUGCAGUUGGGGUUAGGGGGUCUGCACUCUGGGUCUGCUGGCAGUGGUGUGGUGCACUCGGGCGUCUGCCAGCAGCAGUGUGAAGCACUCGGUGGUCUGCUGGCAGUGUUGUGGUGCACUCAGGGGUCUGCCAGCAGCAUGUGGUGCACUCAGGGGGGCUGCCAGCAGUGAUGUGAAGCACCAGCAGCCACCUCACCGUUUGGCAGCGGCGCAGGUGCCCCAUCGGAACACCCUGCAUCGAGCACGCCGCUGCCGACUCCGGUGUCUCCGCUCUAUGACUCACAGGACUUGGCCGGUGCUGCCGCUGCGCUUCGGGGUCUGCAGCUCCUGCACCUCGGCACCACCCACUGCCCGGGGCACGGGGCUACAGACAGGCCGGGGGUCCCCCACCCAUGGCCGUCCUGCCCCGGAGUUGCCGGUGCCCGGGGUGUCCCCCCCACGCCCAGGAAUCCCCCCCACGCCCCGGGAUCCCCCCUGCCGCCGCCCACGUUCCCCGCUCAGGAUGCCGCAGCUCGAGGCGGCAGCUCGGCCCGGUAACGCGGGGGUCCGUCGACGGGGAGCCACGGCUCAGCCCAGUACAGCUCACCGGUACAGCUCACCGGGACUCACCGGUACAGCUCACCGGGACUCACCGGUACAGCUCACCGGGAGCUCACCGGUACAUCUCGCCGGGAACUCACCGGUACAGCUCACCGGGACUCACCGGUACAUCUCGCCGGGAGCUCACCGGUCCAGCUCACCGGGAACUCACCGGUACAGCUCAACGGCGCGUCCCGGCCGUUCAGCACCGCGGACAGCGGCGGAGAACGGGGCUGGCGGGGGGAGCGGAGCCGAGAGAGGGAGCGAGGGAACCGGAGGGCUGGGGGAGCGGGGGACAACAUGACCCAAGGCACCUGCUGGCACCGGUCGCGGGACCGCCGAGCCCCUUUGGCGGGCGCCGGAACGGAACCGGAGCGGCGGCCCCCGAGAGCGGGGAGAGCACGGUCUGCCCCGCCGCCGGGGACCCGCUCCCCGCCGCCCCGGUGCCCCCCCUCCCGCCCCCCGCUCCCGCCCCCCGCCGCCCCGUGCGUGCCCGGCGCUGACGUCAGCCCGGGCUCCGGGGCCGAUAUAACCCCCGGGCGCGCCGCCGGCUCAGCUCCCGCGGGACGGACCGCGCUCGCACCGGCACCGGCAGCGACAGGGGACGGGCACAGCGCACCGGGUUCGGAGGGACCGAGGAUGCGGCGGGCGCUGCUCACUCUCCUGCUGCUGCUCGCCCGCUCGCCGCCCGUCGCCGCCCUCCCCGCCACCACCGACGGCUCCGUCCCGGCGGCCGGGAUCGGGGCUCGGGGCCGCCCGCUCUGGCCGCCGCUGGCGCCGCCGGCCCCGGGGCAGUGGAGAGGGCGGCGGGACGAGCCGCCGCUUUCCAUCGACCUCACCUUCCACCUCCUACGGCACCUCCUGCUCCUCGCCCGCGCCCAGAGCCAGCGCGCCCGCGCCGACUCCAACCGCCGCAUCCUCGACGCCGUGGGACGCUGACCCCCCCCGGGACCGCCGGACCCCCCGGGAACCCCCGUAACCCCGGGUCUGCACCGGCCUCCGGCCACCGCCUCGGCCUCUGCGCUGCGGAGCGCCCGGCGCCUCACCGGCAAACGCACCGGCACCGACACCGGCCCCGGCUGCACCCGCCUCAGCCCCGGCGCUGGGGCGAGUGGGGGCGGAACCGGCCCCGGGACGGUCCUGCCCCGAGUUUGUAAUAAAACGUGGUGGAAACCCGA